AAAUUUCCAAAACACACAAAGAAUGUUGCAAAGCAAAAACAAAGCCGUGGAGUUGAAGAAAACAGAGAGAAUCAGAAUCAAAAUGAAGAUGAAGAUGAAUAUGAAGGCGGAGACGAUGACUCUGGUUUUGGUCAACUUAGCAGGGAUUAUGGAGAAAGCAGACGAGUCCUUGUUACCGGGCGUGUACAAGGAGGUUGGUGCAGCUCUCCAUACUGGGCCUACUGGGCUUGGAUCUCUCACUUUGUUCAGGUCCAUUGUUCAGUCGAUGUGCUAUCCUAUAGCCGCUUAUCUCGCCGUCCACCAUAACCGAGCUCAUGUAAUAGCGCUCGGCGCUUUUCUUUGGGCCGCUGCUACUUUCCUCGUCGCCUUCUCUUCCACUUUCUUUCAGGUGGCUAUAUCAAGAGCUUUGAAUGGGAUUGGCCUUGCUCUAGUUGCUCCUGCAAUCCAGUCCCUUGUGGCCGACUCAACUGAUGACAAUUGUCGUGGUACAGCUUUUGGAUGGCUUCAACUAACUGGAAAUCUUGGUUCUAUUAUAGGUGGGCUCUGUGCUAUAUUAAUAGCUCCAAUAACAUUCAUGGGAAUCCCUGGUUGGAGAAUUUCCUUUCAUAUUGUUGGAAUAAUCAGUGUUAUAGUUGGGGUUUUAGUCCGUCUCUAUGCCAAUGAUCCACACUUUCCUAGUGAAACAAAAGCUAGCAAUCAGGUUUCUAGUAAUUCCUUUUGGUCAGAAGUGAAGGAGCUGGCAAAAGAAGCUAAGGCAGUUAUUAGAAUUCCAUCUUUCCAGAUUGUUGUGGCACAAGGUGUCACUGGUUCAUUCCCUUGGUCAGCACUGUCAUUUUCGGCCAUGUGGUUGGAGCUUAUUGGCUUCUCCCAUGAGAAAACUGGUUUCCUCAUGGCUUUGUUUGUGAUUGCUACUUCUCUUGGGGGUCUGUUUGGAGGUCGAAUGGGGGAUAUACUUUCUGUGCGUCUGCCAAAUGCAGGAAGGAUCAUUCUAGCACAGAUAAGUUCAGGAUCUGCCAUCCCUCUAGCAGCAAUUCUUCUACUGGCAUUACCUGAUGAUCCAUCAUCAGCAUUCCUCCAUGGUUUGGUCUUGGUAAUUGUUGGAUUCUGCAUAUCCUGGAAUGCUCCAGCUACAAACAAUCCCAUUUUUGCAGAGAUAGUUCCUGAAAAAUCGCGAACGAGUGUCUAUGCGUUGGACAGAUCUUUUGAGUCCAUACUAUCAUCAUUUGCUCCUCCUGUAGUUGGGUUAUUGGCACAGCAUGUUUAUGGUUAUAAGCCAAUUCCUAAAGGAUCCAGUGCAUCUGAGGAGAUUGCCACAGAUAGGGAAAAUGCUGCAUCAUUGGCCAAGGCACUGUACACAGCAAUAGGAGUUCCAAUGGCCCUCUGUUGCUUUUUCUACUCAUUUUUGUAUUUUACCUACCCAAGGGACAAGGAGAGAGCUCGGAUGGUAGCUUUAAUAGAAUCAGAGAUGCUUCAGAUUGAAUCAGAAAAUUCUCCUGCAGAUGUAUCUCCUCAAGUUCAGCUCUCGGAGUCGGAAGAACUAUAUGUUGAGGACAGAACUGUUAUUGACGUUGACUACGAUGGGGAGGAUGUUCUUGAUCUUGAUGAUGACGAUGAAAAGACAUUGUUGUAUCGCCAGGUGACAUUUGCCAAUUGAAGCCCACAGUAGUCUCAUGAAGGCAGAGCUUGGCUUAAUUUCCUUGAAUCUGCAUUAUGUUGAAGAGUAUUUCAACUCAGGAGCUUUUGUUUUUUAUCAAGCACCUGGAAACUUUCAGAGUUGCACAGAUCGAUAAAACUAUAUGCAAGCACAUUAGGGUAUACAUGUACACAAGCCAUAUAUCCGUCAAAAUUCUUGACCUUCAACAAGAAAGUGUUGCUGCACUUGGAAGAAAGUGACAGAUCUUUUCCUUAGCCAACUUCAUAGUUUAGUGACCUCCUUUUUGUUGUUCGUACUCUAUGCGUCCUUGUAUUGGAUUUGUUUCUUUCCAAAGAUUUUUCCCAGUACUUGGAGGUCUCCUAUAGCCUAAUAUUACCUUAUCAGCGUUCAGAGUUUCGGAAGCAGGUUUGGUGAGAUACGGUGAAAAGAGUCUGAACAAAAGAGAUUAUGAUCCCAAUUUUUUUUGACAUCUCCUGUAUAAUUUGGCUUAUAAAGCAUGAAAAGAAUACAUUCAGAAUAGAAGUACCAAAUUCAAAAUUAA